AUGCAAGUCCUACACAACACAUAUUUGGAAAUUCCAGGAAAUGUUACUGAGUUCAUCCUUAUAGGAUUCAGGAAUCUCCAAGAAUUGCAAGCCCUGCUCUUCCUGUUCUUUCUCUUUAUUUACAUGGUAACUUUGGCUGGGAAUAUCCUCAUAGUGAUGCUUGUUAUAGCUGAUAAACAGCUUCAUACUCCUAUGUACUUUUUCCUUGGGAAUUUUUCCUGCCUAGAGACCUGCUAUAGUUCUACCAUUUUGCCAAAGACUCUGCUCAGCCUUUUAACUGGGAACACAUCCAUUCCCUUCAAUCAGUGCUUUGCCCAACAUUACUUCUUUGCAUCACUUGGUGCAGCUGAGUGCUAUCUCUUAUCUGUGAUGUCCUAUGAUCGAUAUUUAGCUAUAUGCCAACCCUUGCAUUAUGCAACUCGCAUGAAUGGCAAAUUCUGCAUGCAGUUAGUUGGUGGCUCUUUUCUCAGUGGAUUUCUUGCUAUUUCUGUAACAAUAAUAUUAGCGUCCAGAUUAGCUUUUUGCGGUCCCAAUGAAAUAAAUCAUUUCUUCUGUGAUGUAUUUCCACUCAUAGAACUAUCUUGCAGCGACACCCAUCUUUUGAGGAUUCUCAUCUUUCUUGUUUCCUCUGCAUUCACUAUUCCCCCAUUUUUGCUGACUCUGAUAUCUUACGGUUGCAUUAUUUCCACCAUCCUGAGAAUCUCUUCUGACAGUGGAAGACAAAAGGCCUUUUCUACUUGCUCCUCUCACCUCAUUGUGGUUACCAUUUUCUAUGGCACAAUAACUAUCGUCUAUAUUUUACCAAAUACAGAGACACUGAGAGAGCUCAAUAAAAUAUUCUCAGUCUUUUAUGCUGUCCUGACUCCCAUGAUAAAUCCACUUGUCUACAGCCUAAGAAACAAAGAAGUAAAGAAGGCACUGAGAAGGCAGAUUGUCAGCUGUUUGGUAAUGAUCCAGUUUUGGAGAUUCUAA